AGCAUCCAGAACUUUACCGAUGCCGUGCACAAACAUGCAUUGCGUUGAUCGAUUCUACAGCCAAAAAAAACGCGUCUCUAACCGAGUUGUUUUCUUUCAGGUGCACAUCAAGUUCCUCGAGACGACACGCGACGGCAUGAAGAUCGAGGCGCGGCACGUCCGGCGGAAGAAGCUCAACAAGUACCUCGACCCGAACCUGCUCAAGCGGGAGCGCAAAAACCAGCGACUUCUUCGCCGUCGCAAAUGCGCAAACGACCUGCUCAGAAGAAACUGUACACGGCGAAAUGUUGAUCUAGCAACAGAAGGCGGUGGGAGAGGUAUGAAAAUCAGCCUCCGACCAGGAUCUCGUCGACCGCUUCUGCAACCGGGACGAUCUGCGAUCCGAUCUGAUGCUCAACAAUGGUCAAGCAGUGGUGCACGAUCAACCGGAAGCGUCUUCGUCGGCUGGCGCAAAGUCACUGAAGCGACGACGUAA